AUGUCCGGCCAAGUUCCCGCCUGGAAGAAGUUGGGCUUGAAGCUCAAGCAACCAUCUGAUGCGCCUGAACCCAGCUUUGGGCACCCAACCAGUGCCUCAAGCACACCCAUAAAGAGGAAAUUCGACGCCCCGCAGACUUCCAAUUCUGCCAAGCGACCACGUCAGGAUGAGACCCCAGGACAAUUGAGAAACAAGAAGUCAGUAUCCUUUGCUGAUGCGACAUCCAACAACAACGGCAACUUCUCCAGGACACCAGCAAAGCCCGCCAAACAGAGCAAGGCUAAGAGCAAAGGACCCGCCAAGAAGCCUAAGCCUCAAGUUCCCACAGACCUCAAGCCUGCUCUCGAGUACUUGAAGCUCUGGAAGACUGCUCGCGACAGCUGGAAGUUCAAUAAGAACCACCAAACAAACCUCAUCAAGCACAUCUUCGAUGCCGAUGGAAUCCCUGCUUCUGACGUUGAAACCUUUUACGACUACAUUUCAGACUUGAAGGGUUCUGUGAGAAUGCGCCUGCGAGAGACUGCUUGUGAGGUCAGGGAUCAGGACCAGUCCGAUGGCGCAAAGGGAUUCCCCGAAGGAACCAAGGAUCUAGAGGCCACUCAGCAACGAUACGAAGAGGUUCUUACCAAGUUCUUGCAAAGUCAGCCUGUGGGAUCCAAGAGAAAGGGUUUUACUGAGGUCGACUACCUCUCAGACUCGGAUGAGGAUGAAGUCAUUGUCCGACGACUUGUCAAGCGCAUGAGAGCUGAACUUGUCAUUGAUGUGCUAUCUGACAGCGACGAAACCGAGGCCAGCACCACAUCAUCGCAGACAGUUACCACCAACGACAAGAGCGACACACCAACCAAGGAGGUCGAGAAGAGUGCGAAGCCCGCUGAUGGUGUUCCUGGCAAGCGUCGACGCAAGCUCCGUGUGAACGUGGAUGACAGCGACUCUAGCAGCUCCGAAUCUGAAUCCGACUCUGAUGACGACACCAGCAGCAGCGGAAGCUCGUCUGAAGACGAGUCAGAGGAUGAGAAGCCCACAACUAAGAAGGCUUACCGAAAACCUGGUGAGGAGGAUUCGAGCGAUUCUUCGUCUUCUUCAGGUGACUCGAGCUCUGAUGACGGCUCGAGCGACGACGACUCGGAUUCUGACUAA